UGUCGGCGCCAGCCUUAGGGCUCCCCGAUGUCUCCAAACCCUUUCAUCUCUUCGUAGAUGAAAAUAAGGGGGUAGCCAAAGCAGUGCUGACGCAACUCCUUGGCCCAUGGCCCAGGCCCGUUGCCUAUCUUUCAAAAAGACUAGACCCAGUAGCGGCUGGCUGGCCCCCUUGCCUCCGUAUGAUCGCUGCUACAGCUCUAAUGGUAAAGGAUGCUGAUAAGUUAACUAUGGGACAAGAGUUACAUGUUACAACCCCUCAUGCCAUCGAGGGAGUCCUCAAACAACCUCCUGACCGAUGGAUAAGUAACGCCCGACUGGUUCACUACCAGGGACUAUUAUUAAAUCCCCUCAGAAUCAUUUAUGCUCCCCCCCGAAUACUAAACCCUGCCUCCCUGUUACCAGACCCGGACUUAGACACCCCCCUCCAUGACUGCGCUGAGAUAUUGGCACAGGUUCAUGGAGUUUGGGAAGAUUUACAGGAUGACCCUCUACCAGACGCCGAGGUUACCUGGUGCACUGACGGCAGCAGCUUUGUACAUCAGGGUCAAAGGUACGCGGGGGCAGCAGUCACAACUGAAACUGAGACUGUUUGGGCAGAGCCUUUGCCAGCUGGCACCUCUGCCCAACGGGCUGAACUUGUGGCCUUAACCAAGGCACUGACUUUGGGAAAAGACAAGAGACUAAACGUGUAUACCGAUAGCAGAUAUGCUUUUGCUACGGCCCACAUACAUGGAGCUAUAUACAGAGAGAGGGGACUGUUAACUGCAGAGGGGAAAACUAUCAAAAACAAAGAAGAAAUAUUGGCUCUUUUAAAGGCACUCUGGCUGCCUGAACGACUAGCCAUCAUACAUUGCCCAGGCCACCAAAAACCGAUCACACCGGUGGCCAGAGGAAAUACUUUGGCUGACCAGGUGGCCCGAGAGGCGGCCUUACAGGUGGACUGUGCUUUAAUGACCACCCUACCAGACCCCGGUUCAGCUAGUUUACCAGAAAAUCCCGCCUACACUAAAGAAGACCUAAACUGGAUCCAAAAAUUGCCUUUGGCUCAGUGCCUCAACGGAUGGUGGAGAGCAGCAGACUGUAGCAUAAUCCUCCCAGAAGAAAUGGGAAAUAAACUCUUAUCCAAGAUGCACCGAGCCACUCAUAUGGGCACAAGAAAAAUGCAAGACUUAAUGAGACAUGCUAGGAUCACCAUUAAAGACUCCAGGACAAAAAUUGAACAGAUAGUUGCUAGCUGUAAAGCUUGCCAACUAACUAACGCUACCAACCACGGGAAAAACCCUGGCUCCAGGACCCGCGGAACCAGGCCGGGAGCCUAUUGGGAAGUAGACUUCACCGAGGUAAAGCCUGGAAAAUAUGGAUAUAAAUAUUUGUUAGUGUUUAUAGAUACCUUUUCAGGAUGCACAGAGGCCUUCCCCACCAAGCAUGAGACUGCGCAGGUAGUAGCAAAGAAAAUGUUAGAAGACAUCAUGCCCAGGUACGGAUUCCCUACCCUAAUAGGAUCAGACAACGGACCAGCAUUCAUUUCAAAGGUAAUACAAGGGAUAGCGCAGUUUAUUGGGGCCGAUUGGAAACUACAUUGUGCAUAUAGACCCCAAAGCUCAGGACAGGUAGAAAGAAUAAAUAGAACUCUAAAAGAGACCUUAACUAAAUUGACCAUGGAGACUGGCGCUAACUGGGUAGUCUUACUCCCCUACGCUCUGUUCAGGGUGCGAAACUCCCCCUACAAACUGGGAUUAACCCCCUUUGAAAUCAUGUAUGGAGUACCCCCUCCUAUAAUUCCCAACCUACAGUCUAAUGUGUUAACUGAAUUUGAUGAUCAUAAACUUCUUAUUUCCCUGAGGGAACUCCAGCGCACCCACCAGGAAGUUUGGCCCAGACUGAGAGCCAUUUAUGAGACCGGGCCCCCUCCUGAGCCGCAUCACUACCGACCCGGAGACCGGGUAUAUGUGCGGAGACAUAAGCAAGAGACCCUCCAACCACGGUGGGAGGGACCCUACGUUGUGAUCCUCACUACACCCACCGCUCUCAAGGUCAACGGGAUCGCCACCUGGAUCCAUUACACCCACGCCCGACCAGCUGAUCCGUUUGCGGUUCGAGAAGACUUCGUGCCAGAAGCCAACACCGCCUGGACGGUUGACCAGAGUAAGAGCCAUCCUUUAAAAUUGACUCUGUGUCAAAAACCUGACCCCAAAAACCGGCGAAGACCAGAGGCCCAGGUGUCCCAUACCAAGACAGUUGCAGCAACUCAGGACCCACAAUGAUCGAAGGAACACUCACUAGCGUGCUCCUGCUCACCUCCUACGGACUGAUAAGUGUUGCGGGCAACCCUCACAUACCCUAUACUUUAACUUGGGAGGUUUCUAAUUGGGAAACCCAUGAAGUCUAUAAUACUACCACAAAGACAGAUGUUCCCUUAAAUACCUGGUGGCCUGAUCUCUAUUUUAAUUUAGAACAGAUGGCUAAGUCAGUCGGACUAGACCACGGAAGGGGAAAGGAAACAAGAAAUUUCUUAAGCGAAACAGGGUUUUAUGCAUGCCCUGGGUUUGGACAGAAUGCUCGCACCACAUGUGGGGGAGUUCUCAACUACUACUGUAGGUCCUGGAGUUGUGUCACCGCCAAUGACGGUAAAUCAAAAUGGACGGUAACACCUCUUUACAUCGACAUGUCAUUUGUCAGGCCCUGUGACAUAGGUUUUUCCGGCCGAGGAUAUUACUCAGAAAAUUGUAACCUUGUUCGUAUCAAAUUUCUAGAAGAUGGAAAAAAAGAAACUAGAUGGACCACUGGGCUUAGUUGGGGAAUCUAUUUGUAUCGGGGACCACCCUACUAUGCAACUGUUAUUCAGAUAAAACUAAAGGUAGAACCCAAGGUUCCACCAACCCUAGUAGGGCCAAACCAAUCAGUAGGGCCCACAAGUAAGCCUAAUACUACCCCGCGGUCCACAAAUAAGGGUACUAAUUCUCCGGCCACUCAGGUGGUCACUGUAACCAGGACUACUCCAAAAAAACCCCAAAAAAUCCAAAC